AGUAUUCCAAACCACUCCAUACUACAAACCUUCGGUGCAUUUUUCCACUGAUUUGUUCUAUUGAAGGAUACUUAAAAUUUUGGGCAAAGCAGAAAAUAAAAUUUCGGAAUGUCGAACGAAACGGAUGGCCAAUCGUCAAAACGUAUAAAACUUGAGGAUGGUUCUUCAAUGCCAGUAACAAAUCCAGAGAAUCCACAUUAUUCGCCGCCAUCGAAAGUUGUCCAUGUUCGCGGAGUAGCCGAGGGUGCAAGAGAUAUGGAUAUCGUUCAAUCUCUUAAAGAAUUUGGUAGAAUAACUUGUAUAAAGCUGAUUCAAAAAAAGAGGCAAGCACUGGUUGAAUUUGAUGACAUUGAAAGUGCUAAAAAUCUGGUAGAACAUUCACAGACAGAAAAAGUGAGUAUUUGUGGAAGGUUUGCUUUUUUCAAUUUCUCAAAGAGCCAGGAAAUUACCAGGCAUGGGAAUGAACCAAAUUAUGAUGAAAUGUUAAAUUCUGCUGGCAAUAUUCUACUUCUGACUAUUCUCAAUGCUCAAUAUGGAGUCACAACUAGCAACUUACAUGAAGUGUUUCAGGGAUACGGUUUCAUUCAAAGGAUUGUAAUAUUUCAAAAAUAUGGUCAGUUACAGGCUAUGGUUGAAUUUGAUAACCCAACAUCUGCACAACAAGCAAAAGAUGCUCUGGAUGGUUGGGAUCUUUAUGAGGGAUUUAACACUCUGAAAAUUGAAUAUUCAAAUGUACCUAAAUUGAAUGUUUUCAAGAAUGAUCAUGAAACAUGGGAUUACACACGGCCAGCAAUGGACCAAAUGCGAGGCCCAACAGGCCGUGGACGCGGCCUUCUUAGCCGUCCCUCUUACAACCCACCAGGUAUGAAUCCUGGUCCUCGAGGUCCUGGAAUGAUCUCAAGUCCUCGUCCAGGUUUUGGCCAAAGAUCAGAUUUCAUGCAUGGACCACGCGGUCCGAUGGGUUCAGGGCCCGGGCCUACCGUCCUUAUGGCGUAUGGCUUCGAUCCUGACAAGUUAUCGUGUGAAGGAAUCUUCAAUUUGUUGUGUCCUUUUGGUAAUGUAAUGAAGGUAAAGUUGAUGUCAAGUAAACCAGGUUGUGCCAUGGUGGAAAUGGGUGACCAUUCAUCGUGUAACAACAUCAUCGAAAAUUUAACUGGUUGUAAAGUGCUUGAUAGCGAACUGAAAUUCAGUUUUUCAAAACAAACAAGCUUGACUUGUCCAGCAAAUUAUAACCCAAGUGUGGAGACCAGUUUUAAAGAUUUCUACGACUCAAAACUACACAGAUUCACAACAGCCGAAGCAAUCAGUAAGAACAGAGUUUUUACCCCAACAAGAGUUCUUCAUUUCUACAACGCUCCCCCUGAUAGCACCGAGGGAUCCCUUCUCGAGAUUUUCACAGACAAUGAUGUGACGGCGCCGUCAAAAAUCAAGAUUUUCCCAAAUGCCACGAAGAGUGCAACAGGCUUAAUGGAAUGGGAUGAUGUAAGCACUGCGCUUAGUUCAUUGAUGUUGAUAAAUCAUGCUGUUGUACGGAAUGAAGAGGCGCGAACUAUCUUCACCAUCAAACUGGCAUUUUCCUCAGCAAAUGAAAUCAACUAGAGAGGCAAACGGAUUUCUUUCCCAUAGAUUUGUACAUCUGGAACAGUUGCUGUAUAAUAUUGUGUUUGCAUAAAAUUCGUGGGAUUGAACGCUAAUAUUUUACGCAUUUGCAUUCCAAAACAGUUUAUGUGCAUCUAUUUACUAGAAUAGAGAAUAUCUUGUAGUUUUAGAUUAUACCAGCUAUAUGUAGUUGUGUUUAUUCAAUGCAAAGUUUCUUUAAAAUUGUCAGUAUGUUAUAUCAUACUUGGUCAUAUCAGCAGGCUUGACUAUCGAUCUCUGCUUCACUGUCGACCCAACUGAACACAACAUAUCUGGUUCAUUUUUUGCCGCCUCCUCCUUUCCUUUGAAACACUUCGGCGGUCCUUGUAAACACACUUUGUGUUGAUCCUGUCCUUACUUUUUUGGAAAACAUUUUUGCUUCACGGCGUACGGUCUACCCAACCUCGUACCUAGACCAUGUAGCGGCGUCGCCAGCAGCGGUAAGUGGGGUGGACAUUGAAAAGAAAUGAAUAUUGUAAAACACGAAAAUAUGAAUAUAUGUCCACCCCACUUACAAAGCUUGUGUGACCUAGACUCUGGGUACGAGGUGGCGGUGUACCAGAGUUUCCACAAAAUUCUCACAUACAUUUGGCACAAUUUUUACAAUUUUUAUGUAUUUACUCA